AAAUCAAGUCUUACACCAACUACAAGACAUUGAUCAACUCGCUGAUAUAGUGACAAAAUAUAAUACUCCAACAGUAUCCUCUGAAGAUAAUACAUUUCGUUUUCGUCUAUUAGACCUUAUCAGGACAGAUCGUAUCAUGGUCUUUAUGAAGGGCAGUCCUAAAUCACCUCGCUGUGGGUUUUCUCGACAAGUAAUUCAGUUAUUGACAGAACAAGAUGUAAAGUACAGUACAUUUGAUAUUCUCUCAGAUGAAACAGUGCGCCAAGGUCUCAAGACAUUUUCAAACUGGCCAACUUAUCCACAAAUUUAUGUUGAAAGUGAAUUGAUAGGAGGAUUAGAUGUACUUAAAGAAAUGAUAGCCUCUGGUGAAUUCCAAGCCAUGUUGAAAUGAUAAAUAAAGAAAAGAGGGGGGAUAUCGUUUAUUGUGAUUCAGAUCCUGGAGGUCGAUUGAUACGUACUUGUUCCCAUUCAUCUUCUGUCUUUGCUUGUAAACGCUGC